AUGCUGGUUCUCUGGGAUCCGACGUGGGUGACAAGACUGUGGUGCGUCUUCGAAAUAGCUGCCUUUCAACACAGCCGCAGUCCCGGUUCCAAGGCGGAUCUACAGAUUGUUCCACCCUUGUUGGGUCCAACGCUUCUGGUAUUUGAGAUGCUGUUGUGCAUAGCCGCCAUUGUAUACGACCUCAUAGAGUCUUCCCUUGCCUCCUCGGAAGAUGGAAUAUUGGCGGGAGAACUCCACCUGAUGCUCGCUGGCGUUCUUGUCUUGCUUGUCGGUCUCGUGACACACCUCCUGCGAGGUUAUGCCCGCAGCGUCGAGAUGCUGCAAGACCAACUCCGUGGUUUCAAGGUCGAAAACACGAGCAGUGCGUGCUGUGCCAACUGCAAGAAAGGCGAGGCUGCUCUCUGCGACCGCGCGGUCAUUCUUGAGUGCAUUGCUGCGUGGUACGAGUCACUGGACAGCUUUGAACUUCAUGUGCAAUCUGAUGUGCAGAUGGCAGUCAUCGAUCAGCUUGCAUAUAGAGCCAUCUCUUAUCAACGUGCUCUUGUACUGUUUACGCCAUAUGUGUGGCUUCGUCUUGGGUAUGCAGCAAGCCAUGCAAGCGAUCCCAUCCGACAGCUAGUCGAUCUAGCCCAGACAUUCACCUACUUCCUGGCAAUUUACCCCGUGAUGGCCAAACUUUGCUUCCGUCUGUGCUACAGCUUGCGAGCACGAUGUCGCAGGCUAUACAUAGACUUCUUUCUAUCGAUGGCCGCCGUGAUCGGUUCCUUCUUGUUCUACGUUGCUUGCUACGCGAUCCAACUCUAUGUCUUCCGUCAAAGCGACCGGGAACUUCUCCUGAGUGUGAUCUCAAUGAUUUGUUGGUGGACUGUCGCAGUUCUCCUGUGGCGAGUUAUUUAA